AUGUUGUCACUUCGAUUCAAGUCCCUUGCCAAAGCCGGAUCCGCUGCCAGAAUCUUGGCUCCAAAAACACCAUCCUCGAUGAUGACGAUGAUGAAGAUGCAGAACAGCAAGAACGUCGGGGUUGCUGGGCUUGUCCGCCAAUACUCCUCGGGCCACCAAGACGAGACGUUUGAGGAAUUCACCGAGAGGUACAUACAGGCCUUUGACAAGGCCUACGACUUGUUUGAAGUCCAGAGAGAAUUGAACAACUGUUUUAGUUACGACUUGGUUCCUGCACCCGUGGUGAUUGAGCGCGCUUUGCAAGCCUGCAGGAGAGUCAAUGACUACCCUACGGCCGUGAGAACUUUUGAAGCUUUGAAGCACAAAGUCGAGACCGACGAACAGUACAAGGCCUACCUCGAAGAAUUGAAGGAAGUCAGAGAGUCCUUGGGGAUUGAUUUGAAGGAGAACCUUUUCUAA